GGGGCCUCUUGUCGCAGUUAGAGAUAUAUUUCGCUUCCCGUGAAUUCGCCAACCCUAGUCUUCUCCAUUUCGCUCUUCGCCGCCUCUGCAGCGUCGAGAUGGGACGAGUGAUCCGGGCGCAGAGGAAGGGAGCAGGGUCGGUUUUCAAGUCCCACACGCACCACCGCAAGGGGCCGGCUAGGUUCCGGAGCCUCGACUACGGAGAGCGCAAUGGGUACCUCAAGGGCGUCGUCAACGAAAUCAUCCACGACCCCGGCCGUGGCGCGCCCCUCGCCCGCGUCACCUUCCGGCACCCUUUCCGCUUCAAGCUCCAGAAGGAGCUCUUCAUCGCCGCCGAGGGCAUGUACACCGGUCAGUUCGUCUAUUGCGGCCGCAAGGCUAAUCUCAUGGUUGGUAACGUACUCCCUCUCCGUUCCAUCCCUGAGGGUGCCGUCGUUUGCAACGUCGAGCACCACGUUGGCGACCGCGGUGUUCUGGCCCGCGCUUCUGGUGACUAUGCCAUCGUGAUCAGCCACAACCCUGAUAAUGGUACAAGCAGGAUCAAGCUUCCAUCGGGUGCCAAGAAGAUUGUACCCAGCAACUGUCGUGCCAUGAUUGGGCAGGUUGCUGGUGGUGGUAGAACUGAGAAGCCUCUCCUCAAAGCUGGCAACGCAUACCACAAGUUUAGAGUGAAGAGAAACUGCUGGCCGAAGGUCCGUGGUGUGGCCAUGAACCCCGUGGAGCAUCCUCAUGGAGGAGGUAACCACCAGCACAUCGGUCAUGCCUCCACCGUUCGCCGUGAUGCACCCCCUGGACAGAAGGUUGGUCUUAUUGCUGCAAGGAGAACAGGUCGGCUCAGGGGACAGGCUGCGGCCACUGCUUCCAAGGCAGACAAGGUCUAGAUUGCACGUGCUAAGGACUCAUGCUUGUUAUUUUAGUUUCAAAAGAGAUUUCAUUUCUCAUUCCAGAGGUAUGCUCGUCUUAUUAAUCUUAUGUUGGAUCAGUUUAGAUAUCGAGACAACUUCUAUUUAUUUUGUCUGCUACUUUUGUUUUGCAUUUAAUGAAGGUGAGAUUAUAAUUUUAUGUA